UUCGAGGUUACUCUCUUGAUUUUAAUAAAUAUAUUGCAUCAAAAACGUAUGUUUACCAAAACAUUCAUUUAAUAGAAGUUUUCAAAGAAACCUGGUUGAUCGAUACUAUUCAAUCAUUCUUAGAAACAUGUGUGUGUGGAAUUUUAGACUUUCUGUUCAUUCGCAA